AUGGUCCUUCUAUGCUAUUCCAUCGUUAAUCUCGAAGGCGUCACGGUAAAAUUCAGAAACAUCUUUUCAAGAGCUGCCGCUAUGGCGCUUGCAGGACUGUCCGGCACGCUCGGAAACGUUUGUUUAAUCAACCCUUCGCAGAUGGCCAUAAACAAGCCUAAGAACAUUGACGACGACGAUCUUAUAGAAGACAAGGAGAUCAUUACAAGACCGAUGGACCAGCCAACUUGUAUGUCUUUUGCACUCCAGCGCAUCCGCCCUGCCGAGGUUUUCCGGGCAUGGCUUGAACAAACGCAGUUUGCAGGGUUAAGUCCAGAGGCCAUCGGUUAUCAGCAGGUACAAGAGCUCGACACCCAGCUUGUUCGCUUUUGGGAUGACACUCCCGCGUUCUUACGACUUGACCAUGUCUCGGGAGGCAUGAAGGAUGAUAAAGCGAGAAUGAGAAUCCAGCGGUACGUGCUGCAAGUUUUCGUUCAUGGUCAAAGAUGCAGGAUCCACCUCCCGUUUCUCGCCCGCGGCGCCUCAUACGCGGCAUCUCGAAUAGCUUGCGUCGAGUCUGCCCGGUUUAUUAUCCGCUUAGAGGAACAGCUGCAGCAAAGAGAAGUUGAGUUUGAUUCAUCACGAUUAAGACUGUCCAUUAUUCUUCACCAUAUUUACUUGGCAUUCGUCGUCCUCCUCUUCGACUUUUGCCUAGAUGCCCCGGGAUCGAUACAUUUGAACAACUGUCCCGAGCUGGCCGCAGGGUGGAAGAUUUUGGAUGAAGCCGAAGCACAGCUACAACAGGCAGAGGUCCUCAUUGAGCCUCUUCGUGACGUCAUGAGGAGAUAUCGUGUGCUACCGUUCGACGAUGGAAUGUUCAGCCCUCAAUCGACAGAUGGCAUCUUUCAUGGAAUCGCAGUCAACUCCAUAUCAUCCGCAGAGCUGGACGGCAUGGUCACAAAUGAAGACGUAGGACAUAUGAACCCCCACAUCACCAUCAGCCCCUCUACCCUCAACGUCGUCGCCGACCAGGUCUCCUUCCACAUUACCGUCAAGACCUUACGAGUUCCCCAAGUUGGAGAGUACAGGACCAUCGACUUCCCGUGCGGUGCCACCGGGGCGACGAUCGGCGACGCGACCAAGCCUUCCUAG